AUGUUCAACAACGGCUUCGGAGGCGACGGCAACCCAUAUGCCCAAAACUACGCGACAGGCGGCGGCGCUAGCGGAGGAGGCUUCUUGGCCAACGGAAGUCAGACCGACUCACCAAGUGGAAAGAGGGCCGGAAACAACACUCUCAGGCCCGUCACCAUCCGACAGAUCCUAAACGCGGAGCAGCCGCAUCCAGAUGCCGAAUUCACCCUCGACGGUGCGGAGCUGGGUCAACUGACCUUUGUUGCUGUGGUCCGAAAUAUCUCCAGGAAUGCCACCAACGUUGCGUACAGCGUUGAGGAUGGCACUGGACAGAUCGAGGUGCGCCAGUGGCUUGACAGCUCCGGCGAUGACACCUCCAAGGCUUCCGAUAUUCGCCAAAACGUCUAUGUAAGAGUGCUCGGCACCUUGAAGUCGUUCCAGAAUCGACGAUCCAUCUCUGCGGGUCACAUGCGUCCGGUGAUCGACUACAACGAAGUCAUGUUCCACCGUCUCGAAGCCGUCCACUCGCAUCUGCAGCUCACUCGCGGACCCAAAGCCUCUCAGGCCAACGGAGGCGGUGCCGCCGCACAGGGUGCCGACCGUCCCCAGGCACAGACGAGCGACAUCAACGCCUACUCGGGCUCUAACAAGCAGACUGUGCUCGAUCUGUACUCGAGCCUCGACCCGCUCCCGCGCCAGAUCAUGGGCAUCGUCACGAGCGAGGCCGAGAACCACAGCGACGGUGUCCAUGUCAACUUGAUCGCUAGGAUGUUGAAGGGCGUCGAUGUGUCGGACGUCAAAGUCGCUGUCGAGGAGCUCAGCUCCGAGGGCUACCUCUACACGGCUGCCGACGACGAUCAUGUACUGCCCACUGCAUGA